UUCUGCAGCGCUGUACAGAGAUUGUCACCCCAUAGAGUCACUCUGUAGGACUUCAUGCCCUGGCAUCAGCCUGGUGAGGUGUACACAAUUCCCCUGAAGGGCCCCUGUACACGCAGAUCCCACCCCCGCCUCGCUCCUGACCAAUCAUCAGGCAGCAGAGGCGUGUACCAGCUCUGCACUCCUCUGUGCACACACGGCUCCAAGAAUACAAAGGGGACACGCUGACCUUCACAUAUUUCCCAGAAAUUUCAACCAUCUGAACACUUCAGUCAUUUAUCAGACCACAGGCUCCAUAAGAAGUCAACAAGUAUGAAUCCAGUAGCUUAAAACCCAUCGAAGAAGUGGAAUAAUCGGUGGGGGGACCAAAAUAAAUCUUGUGGGAUGUGUUUGCAGCCUGACAGUAGGAAUCGAAAAUGUUCCCUCGGGAAUCGGUGAAAUUCAUACAAAAGCAUCAUGAAUAUAUUAAAUAAUACAUCUCCCAGACAGAUGACACAGCCUACCGGAGUAUUACUUAGAUACUUGAAUUAUUUAGGUGUAAUAUUCCAUUUCAUAGAAAAUCAUAAGAAAGCUGAUAAUAAAGACGCUGGAUGCUACAAAGACAUAUAUUAGGUGGUGGCCGUAAGGAUCCACUACUUACAUUGUUUGUUUUUGAAAACAUUUUUACCCAAAAUGUCAUUCAGCGCUACAAUUCUGUUCACGCCACCACCAGGGCAAAGCGAUGGGAAAUGUGCCUGCAAAAUCGAAGGUACCCAAGGUGGCUCAGUGUCUGUUGAUGGUGCUACCCCUGUCGCUGUUAAUGGGCAAGGUGUGGCAGUGCAAGGCUGCGAGCAGCUGCUUCACCUCAUUUACCAACGCGUGGAGAAGGCGGUGGGACUAGCCGAAGCUGCGCUAAACGUUGCCAAGGCAAACAGUAGCCUCCUCAGUGAACUCCAAGACGAGGUCAGCAGUCUGAAAAGAAGCAUUGAAAGGCCGGAGGCUCCUAGGUCGCCGCCAGAUGUCAGUGCAAGAUGUAAGUUAUCAGAGGAUGAAGAGGUGGAAGAAAUUGGAGGAGUUCAGGUUGUCAUUGAGGAGCUGAGACAGCUAGGUGCAGCAUCUGCCUCAUUAGUCCCUGGACUUCACCCUGCAGUUCUGGACAGGACAAGAGAAAGUUGCUUAACGGCAUGUCCUCCUAAUGAAGCACCGUCCCUCCUUAGUCCUGUGCAUAUGCCAGUCAUUGAUGAUUUCCUAAACGCCGAUCCCCCUGCCCAGCGGAUUUUAUCGUCCAACUUUGUGAAGCAUCUGACAGACACCCGCUCUCACAGGGAUCCAGAGGAAACUCUGAGGGAACCAACACCCCCAAUUGUGAAAUCAAGCCAUUCCCAUGUCUUAAUACAUAAAGAGAGCUCCCUUAGCCCAGGAGGGUUGAUGGUGGCAGAAACUUCCACCGACUCGGCAGAAAUGAGGCUACCAUCUUCACCGCCCUCAUUUGCAUCAUUCUAUAGUGGCUCAAACAGUCGGCAGCAUUCCAGUGGGCAGAAAUGUUCCCGUCGAAAACGAGACCUUGUACUAUCGAAACUGGUACAUAAUAUUCACAAUCACAUCUCCAACAACAAGCGCUUCAAUGGCUCCGAGAGCAUCAAGUCCUCCUGGAAUAUUUCAGUUUUGAAGUUCUUGGUGGAGAAGCUGAAGCAAGAGCUUGUGUCCAGUGGCCAUCGCUAUACUGACAAAGAGCUGAAAGGUGCCUGUGUUGCCUACUUUUUGACAAAGAGAAGAGAAUACCGAAACUCCAUGAAUCCUUUCAAGAGUCUGAGAGAAAAGGAAGAAAAGAAGCUGAGAAGUCGCCGAUACAGGCUUUUUGCAAAUCGCUCGUGGGGUGUACAGCAGUUUCCACCAGAAGACCAAGCCUUGUGGGAGGGUGUGACGGAGGAGUUAAUGUCGGAUGAAGAGGACAGUUUGUCUGAGCCUGGUGUCUGGGUCGCCCGGCCCCCGCGUUUCCGAGCUCCAGAGCUGACAAGGCUCUGUUACAGCAUUGACUCGCAUUCUAAGCAUGGCAAUAAAACCAAUCGCGUUUAUGGCACCCUGUCUGAUCGGUUGCCUUCCACAGAGGUUAAACUUCUCCCUCCACAUCUCUACAAUCCAAACUGGGAAGGAGAAGUGGAAGAGGAGGAGCUAACUGAUGGAGGAAGAAAAUCAUUUUGUCCUGACCUAAAUGCUUUUAUACAGAUAAAGGUGGAAAAGGAUGAAUGAGAAGUACAGGGCCUGAUGGGUGGCCACAAUAAAGUGUUCUUUUUAAUAUUCCUUGUCUAAUACAUAAUGGCAACACUGAUAGAAAUCUUUCAUUGCAAGUGAGAAGCUACUUACCACAAGGGUGCAUUCACACGCAGUCCGCAAUACA